CGUCUCGAAUUAAGAGCCCUGCGAUUUGCAGCCAAGCGCAGCCAUUGCAACUUUCCAAUUCACCAAUCGACCCGGAGCUCUUGCGCACCUGCGAGUCUGCGUGUAGCAACUUUGUCAGUCACAAUGGCAAACCCAGCAUCAAAAUGUCGCGGUUUCACCCACCCAGUCAUCCUUCUGAUCAGGAGUUCUCUUCCGCCCACAGCCCGGCCGAAUGUCUCCAAAUCUGGCACAUCACCAUGUCUGCGAUUGCAACAGUCAUCCCGUUUCUUCGCCAGCGGGAUGCGCCCGAGCAAGAAGACCGUGACAAAUUCGAAACCCCUCCCCGUCGUAAAAACCACAGCCAAAGCCGCAGCGCCCUCCACCCGUCCCGCCGCAUCCUCCUCAUAUGCACAAGCAUUGGCUCAAAGACCAGGUGGCGCUGUACUCUAUGAAGGAGCCGGCCAGAGAGCCUUCAUAGCCUCUAGCUAUAUGGCCGGCUUUACCUGUAUAGGUGGUGCCGCCCUGAACACCAUCUUCAACGUCUACAAUGUCCCUCCAGGAGUGCCCGAGUGGACCGCCUACGCCUUUGGCUCCGUCGGUCUGAUGCUGGCCAUCCUUGGUAUGAACUUCGUCCUGAAGCCCGCCAACAUUGUGCGCAGGAUUACCUUGCUACCCGCCGUCGCCGCCGCCCCCAAGACAAAAGGCGGCUAUGUCCCACCGGCGAAACUACAGGUCGAGGUCCUCUACCGAAGACUCAAUCCCAUCCCCGGCCUCCCGCUGAAGAAACAGAUAGUCGAGCCUCGGGAUAUAGUCCUCAAGUCCAGGAUGUAUAAUCCUAGACCAUUCGGCUCCCAACCUGGACCCACCUUGUCCCAGGAAUGGAUUCAACACAAGAAAGCCAAGUCGGGCUACGACAAGGAACACCUCAUGACUGCACCCAUCCGCGAUGCCGGCUGGAUCUUCUCGGGUUUCUUCGCUGCUGUACGGCGAGGUCUCACCGGAGAAGGAUUUGCGCCCAUCGAGGUCAAGGGACAAAUGCUCAAGCUUGACAUCUCGAACGGCUAUAUUUUAGAGGAGGGCAAGGCCAUGGAUAGGGUCUUGAGAAUUGAGGAGGAGCAGGACAGCAGGCCCUCCAUGCUCUUCAAGUCCUGAUGGGGAGGAGCGACUGCUCUGGUCAACUGUAUUCCUAUGUGUACUUAUACAUGUACAUCGGCAGACCUUGUCAGCAUGCCUAUC